AUGACUUUACUGCCAUCGGUCCUCGCCCAGUCCACCUUGGGCGAGAAGUGCGCAGUUUACCUGGACCAGGUCACCGACAACCUCCCCGUUCAUCUCGAGACUCUCCGCCUCCGAGUUGACCCUAUUCUCACCUACUUGUCGACCACGCUCGGACCACUCGCGCAAAAGCUCCCGUUCGACAUUGACGAACAAACAUUCGCUCUCUCUGCAUCCAUAGUCGUCUGUGUGUUUACCAUCGUCGCGAUGAGCUGGCGCAACAUCCUGCGUCGCUCGCCGAGCUACGCACCCGCAUCCUCCCCGCAUGUCAGCGACGCGGACUUCUCCUACAUCACACCUGGCGAGGUAGACGGACGCGCAGCAAGCCCCGACGCGGGACCCGAUCUCAUUCGUCUCAAGCACCGUGGAACCAACUACCCACUGCACUUCGAGCCAUACUCAAUUGGUGAAUCGUUGACCUUGGGAGAGCUCCGCGCCAGGGCUGCCAAAACUCUGGGCGUCAGCAGUACGGACUACAUUCGAUUGCUAUACAAGGGAAAGCUGUUGAAGGACGACUCACAGAGAUGCCGCGAAGAAGGGAUCAAGCAGAAUUCCGAGAUCAUGUGUGUGGUCUCUGACUUUGGCCCCGGAAACCCAGGCGAUGUCUCCGACGACACGAUGCCGAACAAUCAUCCUCUCCCCCGACCCCCGUGGCAAGAGCGGAAGAAAGAAGAACAACAAGAAGAAGAACAAGACGGUCACCCCCCUGAGCCUGUUGCUCCACCCCGGCCAGCUUCAUCAGGCGAUCCGGGCAACCCCGCACCACCUCCCAACAUCAAGUUGAUCCCGUCUCGGCUGGAGCAAGUUGGCGCCUUGGCCGGGUGGUUGCAACAAGAGAUGAUUCCGCUGGUUGAUGAGUACGUGGCAAAUCCACCGACCGACCCCAAGAAGCGGGACUUUGAAUAUAAGAAAUUGUCCGAAACAAUCCUUGCACAGGUGAUGUUGAAGGCGGACGGAAUCGAGCCAGACGGAGAUGUGACGAUUCGCAAUGCGCGCAAAGCGCUCAUCAAGGACGCGCAGGCGGCUCUUAACAAGCUGGACACGAUCGCGAAGCUCUAA